GAAGAGCAUGUGCUGCCCUGUCUAUAUAAGAGAAAAAAAACAAUAUCGAUAGUUUUCCUUUGCAAGCGGGUUGCUUCUGAGUUGGGAAAAUAAGUAAAAAAUUAUGGCGAUGGAAGAGCCGCUGCUGCUUAAUUUGGAGGAAGACGAUGUGAGGGUGAGCCGCAAAGUGUUUAUUGAAGAGUUGAAAGAGGCGAGUCGAAUAGCUUUGCCUAUGAUAGUGGUGACAGUAUCACAGUACCUUUUGCGCGUUUCGCCAAUGAUUAUGUUAGGUCACCUUGGUGAACUUUCACUUUCUAGUGCUUCUAUUGCUACCUCACUUUGCAAUGUUACCGGUUACAGUGUCCUUUUUGGAAUGUCUAGUGCACUGGAGACUCUAUGUGGGCAGGCCUAUGGAGCAGGACAAUAUCGAAAACUUGGAACUUUUACUUAUAGUGCUAUUAUUUGUCUGUUUCUGGUAUGCAUACCAGUCUCUGUUCUGUGGAUUUUCACGGAUAAACUUCUUAUAUUGAUGGGCCAAGAUCCUUCAAUUGCAAAGGAAGCUGGAAAAUACGCAAUUUGGCUCAUUCCUACACUAUUUCCAUAUGCUAUUCUUCAGUCAGUUGUCCGGUAUCUGCAGGCACAGAGUUUAAUCCUACCAAUGCUUAUAAAUGCAGUUGCAUCUUUAUGCUUCCAAGUGGCAAUUUGUUGGGCUUUUAUAUUCAAAUUGAAUUUAGGGAUUGUGGGAGCAGCAUUGUCAAUUGGUUUAUCCUAUUGGUUGAAUGUGAUCUUGCUUAUGCUUUAUGUGAAGUACUCAUCGGCUUGUGAAAAGACUCGAGCUUCAUUCUCUACGGAUGUUUUCCUGACUUUAGGGGACUUCUUCCGCCUUGCCAUCCCAUCUGCUGUAAUGGUUUGCUUGGAAUGGUGGUCAUUUGAGCUUAUCAUUCUAAGCUCUGGUCUGUUGCCAAAUCCGAUGCUAGAAACUUCUGUACUUUCCAUAUGCUUUACAACCACUUCUGUGCACUACCAUAUACCUUAUUCUUUCGGUGCUGCAGCAAGUACUCGGGUUUCAAAUGAGCUUGGAGCUGGGAGGCCACAGGCGGCGAAAAUUGCUCUCGUUGCUGUGUUAGUUCUUUCUGCCACUGAGGUUGUUCUUGCAAGUAUAACUCUAUUUGUGGUCCGUAAUGUAUGGGGCUAUACGUUUACUUAUGAGAAAGAAGUGGCCACUUAUGUUGCAGAAAUUACUCCUGUUCUUUGCAUAUCAAUUAUCAUGGACGGCACCCAAGCUGUACUAUCAGGAGUUGCUAGAGGAAGCGGGUGGCAGCAUAUUGGAGCCUAUGUGAACCUUGGAGCAUAUUAUUUGGUUGGAAUUCCCGCGGCUCUAUUUCUUGGAUUUGUCUUACAUCUAAACGGCAAGGGUCUUUGGAGUGGAUUGGUGGCUGGAGCAACUGUGCAAUCUAUUUCACUCUCCGUUGUCACCGGCUUCACCAAUUGGGAAAAACAGGCCAUUGAAGCAAGACACAGAAUUUUUAGUGAAAAGCUUGCCACGGAAAAUCAGCUCAUUGAAUGACAGGACAGGCGGAUGCUAUAAUAGAGAGUUAAUAUCCUAAAAGGUCACUCGACCAUGAGAAUUUUAUCUUAGCAGAUUGAUUGAACUUUGGUUAGUAUUAUUAAAAUUACUCAACGUAGCUCAACUACAUUUAUCAUUAAAAUAAAUAAUUAAUAGAAUGAAAUAAUCUUCUUAAUACUCGUCCCUUUUAUUUAUGAUUAAUUCUUGAA